UUUUGUAAACAGUCCAAACACACCUCGGUCACAUCCAGUUGUAGACCUCACUCAGCUGUUAUUGGUAGACUACACAAAGUUCACCGAGAAACAACGGUAUAUUAACAUAUAUCUCACGGCAUUUCUUAAACAGGACGAGUGAUUCAAUGCCAGUGAGUCGACACUUAGUAUUGGCCACUGUGACUGGUUUCCCUGACACACAAGUUAUCUACCCUUGUUGUAUCAGCUGCUAUUCCAAACUUCUGAAGGAUCAGAAUCAAGACCGUUGGUUGUGCUGCAAGUGCGGUCAGUCCUGCCAGAGUGACCAGGUGGAAUGGAGGUACCGGCUAGCCUUGACCAUCACAGAUGGGGAUACUAUUGCCAGUGUCUGUCUGUUUGGAAGCAUGUUAGACCAGUACUUUGGAACCAACGCUACCCAAUUUAAAAGGUACCUCCUUGGACUCGAGUCAUCAUGUGAUCAUUCUGACCAAUUGUUGAAGCGAGCUGUAGAGCGGUCCUUCAUUGGUCACUCCUACUACUUCGGCUUCAAGAGGACAGCUAGUACCAUCAGACACUGUCCAAAUGCACCAGUUACUCUCCGCCAGAUAGUUGACGUUUUAGAACCAAAACAGCAGACAUCACAUGAAAAUCUCUCUCAUAUUGUUGCCUUCCAGAUCCUAUCGUCAACAUCCACAACCCAGACCACUGUUCUGAAUCUUAUGCUGUUAGAUUCACAGAAAAAAUCAUCACAUUCUACUGAAAAGUCACUGCCUCAAAAUGUAGAAACAAAGUUGACCAAGAAGGAACAAGACAAUUGCUCCGUAAAACAGCUCGAAACAAAGAAUGACUCUAGUGCGGUAUCCUGUGAAGGUUACUCGUCCGGUGAAGGUCAUAGUAAUUUGACAUGCUCGCCAAGUUUUCUCUCAGUAUGCACCUCUUCAUUUGGCCAGGAGACUGCAUUGCUUAGUUGUGAUAUGUCAAACUCUGUUGAUAAUAUUUCCCGUGAAAAUGUGUCAAAGCGUCAAAGUACAAACACAUUUGAUUCAAAGGGUAAUUUUCAUCAAUCUAAUUUUUUGGGUCAAGUCUGGACUGAACCACUGUCUUCUUUUGAAAGUGUAAGCCCUAAAGUUGCACCAGACAAUAUUUGUAUGGACAAGUCAUCUACAAAAUCCUCACCUUUUAAAAUACAAGAAUCAUCGGAAUCGCAUGAACUUCUGAAAUCACGACCAAACAGACUUGAUAGCUCCGGAUACAGCUCCUUGUUAAAAAUUUCGGUCAAUUUAGAAGGUAACAACUCAGAAGAUAUUUCACUGAUGAACGGAUCUUCGAAUCAAUGUUCUUGGAAUAAAGAAAACUUCGGAGAUGAUAAAUUUGAUAAAGGCGCAGAAACAGAGAAUGAUCCAUAUUCUGAAUCCUUUAACAAUAGUUCCUUCUUACUAGCUGAUGGCAUUUGUUCAACAAACGCUCAACCUUUGUUGAAAUUUGACAGACCGAAUAGAAAAUCAGUCAAAAUUCUUCAUCCGUUAUCACAAGGAAAUCAUAUUCUUUCAUCAAAAUCCUCCUCAAAUAAUGUUAGCUGUCCGCCAAGGGCUCAGAGUGGUUUCUGCAAAGGAAACUUCACAACAGGAGGCAAAAUUAAAGACAGAUUCAAAAAGUUCACUUCCAGUAAAACUAUCAGAAUUAAAAAAAUGAGCGAUGACAAGAAACACAGCUUGAUCAGAACAAGAAACUUUCCAGGCCAACAGUCAAUGUCUUGUAGUGUUGUAGCUCCAGUGAGGAAUUCCAAGAUAUCAAAGGACUUGAUGGAUAGUGUUAAUGAUAAAGUGGGAAAAGACAAUAUUCCUCAAUCAAUACCAGGUAAAAUCAUGGAGAAUAACAAUCCCAACAUUGUAUUCCCAGAAUCUGAGGACUUGUGGGCAUAUUUAACAGACCAAGAAGGAUUUGGAGAGACAGAAAGCAUUUCUCUGGGAAAAUUACAAACUUCUGUACAGUCAAAGGGAGAUAAUCAUGUCGCUGAGAAUGUGAAUAGGAUAAAUUCAUUUGAGGAAGACUCAGAUGAAACAUUUGAGGAAUUUUUCGAUCCAGAAUUUUUAAAUUUAGAACAUGAUACUAGUGAUCAGGAAGAUAAAACUGAUGAGAGGGCUAGUGAUUCAAAGGAAAAUAAUGGCAAAGUUGAAAUGCACGAUACUAAUGAAGGUAUUGAAGCUGGUGUAAUGCUAGAUUUUAAUGAAGACACCGAUAUAGAUACUCACAAUUGUGAUGAAAUUGUUCAGACAGGCACAAAGCAUUCUGAUGAAAAGAUUGACACAAGUACACACAGCUCUGAUGAAGAAAUUGAUGAAGGGAUGCAUGAUUUUGAUGAAGAUGUUGACUCAAGCUUACAGCUCUCUGAGGGAGAAAUUCACACAAGUACACAGAAUUGUCAGAAAGAAAUCAAAAGAAGAGCAUUUUAUUCUGAUGAAGAAAUUGAUGAAGAUACUCAGAAGUCUGAUAUUUUUGAUAACUUAGACCCUUCAGGAAUACAUGAUUUGGAUGAAAAAGCUCAACCUACCACAAGGAUGUAUGGUUCUCAUGAAGCACUUCAUACUGCAGAAACAAUCGGUUCUGUUGUCGGGGAAAUAAAUCAUACUGGCAAUAAAACUGAGUCUGGAAUUCAAAAUAGUGGGAUAGUAUUACAGGCUGCUUCAUCAGAUUCUGAGAAACAUGUAACAGAUCACUCAACAUUAAAUAACCUCAAACCUGAUAAUAAUCCACAAGAAGGACUUGAAUCUAUGCCUGAAUCAGAGGGUUUGUAUGCGUUUCUGGACAGUACAUUUGGGGAAGUGACUGAUGAACAAAAUUGGAAUGUUCUUCCUGAUAAAGAAGGGGAUAAAGAGAAAGUAGUGGAAAAAGAAGAAAUUUUUAAUGUUUUCGAUAUUGAAAAUGGCAAUAAAGUUACUCAAACCAAGCUAAUCGACGAUACCAACAAUGACAAGAUUGGAAGCGUUUCUGUAGGCAACGAUCGUGGAAAUUUGAACUGUAAUGGUGAAGCCGAUUAUGUGAAGAUUACAAACUUUAAAGAGGAUACUGAAGGAAAUCGUGAUUACGUCCUGCCAUCUGGUGAUGAAACAAUGGAACACCUAGAGAGUAUGUUUGAUGAUUCCUUUGACGGAGAAGAUACCAGAAAUGAAGACUUAGUCGACUAUUCCAGCCAGGAAAUCCUGCUUGUUAAGUAUCCGACACAUAAAGAUGAUUCUACCACAAAUAAAUCUCAGCAGUCUUCCUCAAAAUCAUGUCAAAGUGCUUCUUACUCUAAAAAGGAAAGUGCUUCGUCCUCUUCCAGAUAAGGCUACCGAUUUGUCUUGCAACAGAGCUAAUGCAGAUCCUGGGUUAAUUGACCCAAAUAAUGACAAUAUUGAUCACAAUUCAGAGGAUUCCAUCGCUUAUAAACAUUGUAAAGAUAUUGAUCAUAAAGAUUCUUGCAGUCAUCCUAGUCAAGAUAGACAUACACAGGAUAUUCAGAGUCGGGAACAUUCGACUCAAAGUCUGCAUUUUCAAGAUGUUGCUGGGUACCCUUUACCUCUUAGUAACGAUCACCGACGUCCCAUCAGCGAAAAUUGUCCGAGCCAAGAGUGGUCCAGUGCGUCGAAUGGAUCGUCAUUCGCCUUUAAUUCAUCAACUGAUCUGUUCGGUUGUUCGGGUAACAGCAGUAGUGUUGCACUUUGUAAUGAUACCUACUCGCAGUCUUUAACGUGCGACGAUGUUCGAGUCGCCCCAAACAGAACCCAAGCAGAAACAGCUAGGAUAAUUACAGGUAGCUUAGUAAAGGAUGAUGAACAGGAACAGGUAAAAACUGUCCAAUUUGCAAGGAGACUCAGUUGUGUGAAAUCCAUACAACUAAUCGACAUCGAGAUGAAAAUCCGACAAAACCCGGGACUUCGACUUCCUGUGAUACCAAAGUCAUGUCUCAAAUCACAAGUAGGAUCACCCCGCUCAUCACCAUGUUUUAAAAUUGACUCGAAAAAACCCAAAUUGUCAAAAAUGUUUAGUUUAAAGAAGCAAGAAAAAGUGGAGUCUCAGGAUUUGUUUUCUUGUUCUACAAUAUCAGAAAGUUCUUGUCAUGUCCUGAAUCCAGUGUGUGAUGUACAUGUGCCUGAGGAUACAGAGAGUGUGUUUGCUUGUGAUGAAGCUGUAAAUGAAAUUCCCGGAACACAGGACCUGUUCACUCCAAGCCCUGUACACAUGUCCGACAGUGUGAGCUCUGAUUUUGUCCUUGGAAGUGCUAGUUGUAAUAGACAGGGUAAAAAGUUCAAAUUUCCAACAUGGACCAAGAAACAUUUGCAUUGUCAGACAUUUGUGUCUACCCCACUUGAUGGGUAUAAUGAAAAUCUUGGUGCUGAUGAAAAUGAACUGGCAAGUCUAUCUCAAAAUAGUGAAAAUUCUUUUGCUCAGAAUUCUGCAUCUUUGUUUUUGGAUAGUUUUGAUGAGCUGCAUGUUACGAAUACUUCAGCACACUUUGUUAAAAACCUGAGAUCACAGGAAGAUAAUUCGCUAAGAACAUUAAAUCAUGGUAAAAGGAAAGACAUCAGCCCUGUAUGUGUGGGGUUAAGUGACAAAACCAGGGGAGAUAACCAAAUAUCACCAGGGGAAGUAACUCUCGAUACUGGUUCGCCAGAUUUGUUUGGAACUUCAAAUACUUCUGCUGGUAGUACUGGGGUCAGAUCAAACAGAAAAGUUCAAACUUCAAGUGUAGCAACAAAUUUUACUUUUCCUGUGAAAAGACUUUUUUUAGAUUGAUCAGUUGAUUUAUUUUCAAAUGUGCCAUCACAAAAACCUUAAUUACGCAUUAAUUCCAUUUUUGCAUUAUUGGAUAAAAAAUCUAAUCAAUUGAUGAAGAAAUCUUUUACUACAGCUUAAUAUUACCCAAAAACAAGUGUUCAAUUCCAAACUUAAAAAUGAAUGUUACCUGAAUUCACACCUUUAUACGUUAUUUUCAUGUCCUAAAUGCAUCAUUUCAAAUUUACAUUUAAAUUAUGAUCAGAUGUUUCUGUGUGUCAACAAAAAUAUUCAUGUGCUCCCUUUGGCAUUUUAUUCAACUUUCAUUUUUGUUUGGAAUCCUGGAUGGUACUCAAAUUUUGAACAACCAUAUUUCUGUAGAAUAUAUGGAAUAUACUAAUGCCACAUAUUCUGAAGCUAUAUGUCCUUGGUAUUGAUGUUUUCUUUAUUCUAGUACAGAAAGCUCUGUGUAGCAACUUGGUAGUCUAUUUUACCUAUAUAAGAAGUGAGGUCCGUUUCUUAACAUUAGAGCUAGUAUGGACACUUUAUAUCAAAUCUGGGUAGUCCAUUUUACCCCCUAUCAGAGGGAGGUCCGUGUCUGAACAUUAGACUUGUAUGGACAAUUUAUGUCAAAUCUGGGUAUUCCAUUUUACCCCCUAUCAGAGAUGAGGUCCGUGUCUGAACAUUAGACUUGUAUGGACAAUAAUAUCAAAUCUGGGUAAUCCAUUUUGCCCUCUUUCUGAUCAUGAGUGCUGGCUCCCAAAUUAUUAUCAUGACUUGUAGAAGAAUGUACAUCUGAUUAUGUUUUUUGGGUUUUGUGCAAUAAAUUAGUUUGAUAAAAUGAUGUAUACAUGUAUAUUCAUUGCAAACCUUAUGUACAUGUACUUGUGAAUUUGUGAUAAUUAACACAAUAUUUGUAGACUUUAUGAUUUAAAGGAGUUAAUAAAAAAACAUUACUUUUUUAAAA